CCAAGCUUGAGAGAAAAGAAAAGCAUAGCCUUCUCACAUUUAAGCCCUACCGUUCUCACCUCUGCUCUCGCCUCAGUCCCUUAGUAACUCGCAAGCUAGAGAGCAAGAAGCCAUAGCUUUUCUUACUUUCAGCCUUUCACUCCCUGCCUUGUCGUAACUCUUCUGUGUCUUAGUAAGUCUUCCAACUCCUCCCCUGAUGGCAAUGGAGCCCUUUGAUACUUUUUACCAAGAACGCAAGCAACUAGUCAUAAAACAACGUGAUUUUAACCCUUAUAGCAUUGAACUUGAUGAAUCAAAGCUUAUUAGCACUGAUCAGCUCCUCAUUGAGGGUAAGACAGAGAUUGGGAGUGGUGGAUACUCCACCGUCUUCAAAGGAUGGUACAAAGAUGAGGUUGUCGCCAUAAAAUAUAUUGAGAAUGAUGAUAGAAGAAAGAGAGAAAAUCAGAAUGUGAUUAAGAAGGAGAUCGACAUCCUCUCCCAAAUGAAGAAUGAUAACAUAGUGAAGUUUAUUGGUGCUUCAGUGCAUCCAGCCGCAUGCAUAAUAGUUAUGGAGUAUGUGGAUGGAAAAUCGCUUGAGGACUUUAUUAAAGAAGAAGUAUUUGAUUUGACAAAAAGUUUGAGGUUUGCUCUAGAUAUUAGUAGAGCAAUGGAGCAUGUACAUGAAAAGAAAAUCAUCCACAUGGACUUGAAGCCUGAAAAUAUUUUAAUCUCAACUGACUUGAGUACAUUAAAAUUAGUGGAUUUUGGGAUAGCAGUGGGGGAGACUGCUGAAAGGACUCAAACUCUUCCUAAGGCUGGUUCAUACUUAUAUACUGCUCCUGAGCUCCUUAGAAGGAUGAAAUAUGAUCACAAAGUUGACAUCUACAGUUUCUCUCUCAUCUUCUGGGGAAUGCUAAAAAAUGAACUGCCAUUUGAGGACAUGAACUUACAUGAUAUAAAAACGAAAGUUGUAGAACAGGGAACAAGACCAUGUCUAGAGGGCAUUCCAAGCGAAAUUAGCUCUCUUCUGCAGAGAUGUUGGUCAGAUGAAAUUAACCUUCGCCCAGAUUUUACAGAUGUUGUCAAAGAACUAUCUGAAUUCAUUGGAAGCAGCUAGGAGACUACUAUUUCAGUAAUUUUUUAAAUUUCUGUUGGUUGAAUACCCAUGGAAGCCACUCUUAACCCGUGGAAGGAGAUUUAUAGGAUUUUUAAUUCAAUUUGAACGAAAUUGGUGUGAUUAUAAGUGAGUUUCACUUUCUUUU